AUGCACCCACAGCUGUCAGACAAAAAACUCGGUUGGUUUCACACCGUCGAACGUGCCACGUCCUUUUCUCAUUUCGUGAGCACAGUUUGUAGGGAGUUUAUUCAGGCCCUCGAGGACUGCCAUUUGAGUACCUGGGCUCGGCUAACCGGGGGAUGCAACAAGAAAAAGGACGAGCUGAACAAAUGUUUGCGGUCCGAGCGUGUCGCCCGAAGUGCAAACAACAGGGAAACGGCGAAAGAGCGCCGAAUAAAGGCGGAUCAAGCUUUGAAAGAAUUUCACGACAUUUGA